AUGCGGGUUCAAGAAGUUGUUGAUGAUUUGACACAGUAUAAGGAAGACAGUAAUCGGCGUUUUGAGCAGAUGUUGGAGUUGAUCGAUAAGCGUUUUCAGAUGAUGGAGACUUCGUUUCGCGAGAUGAUGAUCCAAACGUCGAAAGCGAAUUCUGAGACACAUUCUCCGGAGAGUUCGUCUCAACCUCAUCGUGUUGUUCAUCAACAUACGUUGCAUAUGGAUGAUUCUCGUUCGGUUUUAAAGUUUGUUAAAACUGAAAUUCCCAAAUUUGAUGGGAAGGAACCUAAUACAUGGAUUUUUCAGACAUCAUUAUUCUUCAAGAUACAUCAAGUUCCAGAGAAUUUGAAAGUAGAGUUGGCUGGCCUGCGUAUGGAUGGAGCAGCAGCAGAUUGGUAUCAAUGGGUUUUUCGGAGCGGCUUCAUCAAUUCUUGGGAAGAGUUUAAGGUUGCUGUUGGCCAGAGAUUUGGUCCAUCUCAGUAUAAAGAUGUUCGUGGUGUGCUCUCCAAAUUGUUGCAGACCGGAUGCUUGAAGGAUUACAUGGCAGAUUUCCAAAAGCUCAUGAAUCAGGUAUCUAAUAUUAGUGAUGAUUUGUUGAUGACAUUUUUCAUUUCGGGUUUACAAGCUGAUCUUCAAGGGGCUGUUCAAUUGAGAGGGCCUUCUUCACUCCAUAAUGCUAUGCAAUUGGCAAUUGCAUAUGACAGCCACCAUGUGGAAUUGCGUUCGUCAGUUUCUAAUGUUCCGAAGAAACCUUUUUAUCGUUCUCAUUCCACGGGAACGAUGGAAAAACCAUCACAUAGUGCACAAUUGGCUUUACCUGCUUCUACAACUUUACCUGCUUCUACCACUUUACCUGUCAAGAAACUGUCUCCAGAAGAGUUGCAAAAAAAAAGAGAUUUGGGUAUUUGUUAUACAUGUGAUGCCAAGUGGAAUACAAAACAUCGUUGUCCAGCAAAGAUGUUGAUUUUAAUAGGAGAACCUGAGGAUUCAGAUGUAGAAUUAGAGGAGGAGAUUGUUUGGGGAAAAACAGAACCAGAGGGAAUUAGGACUGAUGCUGCCUUGCAUUCUUUUUCGGGUCAUGAUGCUAAGUCUUUAGUAUUAUUGGCAUUUGUGAAGGGGAAGGAAGUGCAGGUACUUAUUGAUUCAGGCAGUUCCCAUAAUUUCAUUAAUAGGGAAUUAGCUGAAGCAAUGCAGCUACCAAUGGUGAAGUCUUCUAGGAUGAGGGUUUUUAUGGGAAAUGGGGAUUUCCUACUGUGUGAAAAGAAAUGUCCUCAAGUGCCUUUGCUCAUUCAAAGUCAUGUUUUUCACACUGAUUUGCAUGUUGUGGAUUUAACUGAUUUAAGUAUCAUUUUAGGAAUGCAGUGGCUUGUUACUUUGGGCCGUGUCACUCACAAUUAUGGUGACCUUUCCAUGGAGUUUUCUUGGCAGAAUGAAAUGGUGUUGUUACAAGGUGUUCAUUCUCACAUAGAAUCAGUUCCAGCAAGCAAGGGAGAAGCUGUCUGUAAUACAUUGACCUUGCAAAGGUCAGCAGCAGGAGACACUGAGGUACACUCUGAUUUCUUAUUGUUGAAAAAUAAGGUUCCUGCUGCAUUGUGGAACAUCUUGGUGUGCCGUCAAAGGGUAUUUGAUAUACCGAAAUCCUUACCUCCUUUUCGAGACUUAGAUCAUGCUAUUCAUUUAGUUGAUGAGUGA